AUGCCCAAAGUCUCAUGCUGCGCGGACCAUCAAGCCGGCAAGCCCUUCCCCACAGAGGCUGGCAAGGAGCUUACUACAGUCUACGCAAGCGAUCCUACCACUACCCCCGAAUUCCUAGAAGCCAUUUUGGAGAGAGAUGGAGCGGUUAUUGUAAAGAACCUUGUGUCCAGGGAGUUGUGCCAGCAGAUCCGAAAAGACCUCAAGUCGUCUUUCGACACUGAUCGCGUGGACCCAUCUGGCUUCUUUCCCACGACAACGAAGCGCGCAUAUAGCAUCUUGGCCAAAUCUGACGCUUGCGCUGAGCUUGCUGUCAACCCCGUCUUUCUCGGUGUGGCAAACCAGAUGCUCACGAGCCACUACACGUACUGGGAGGGUCAAAAGCAGCUCCAUGUGAGCGGCAAGCCGCAAAUCACCACCAUGGUCGGGUUCCGCGUCGAGCCUGGUGGCUCGCAGCAAUCGAUGCAUAGGGAUGACGCCGACUAUCAUACCCGCAACUGCGACAUGCCAGUCAUGAUGGGCUGUGUCACGGCAUUGACAAAGACGACCAGAGAGAAUGGUGCCACAAUUAUCAUUCCAAAGAGCCAUCUCUGGGGCCCGGACCGCUGUCCUCUGGACGAAGAGGCCAUUCCAGCCGAGUUGGAAAUCGGCGAUGCCGCCAUAUUCCUGGGCAAUGUCUACCACGCGGGCGGCGCAAAUGUCACCACUGACGAUGCCCGCGAGACAAUCGGUCUGUUCAUGUGCAAAGGUACACUUCGUCAAGAGGAGAACCAGUACUUGGAGCUACCUCCCGAGGUGGCAAAGGAGCGUAACUUUUCGCCGCAAUUGCUGAGACUGCUUGGAUAUGGAAUCCUUCCACCAGCAUUGGGCCUGUACAAGUAUCAGGACCCGAUGAAAGUAAUUUUCGGUGUCAACGAUGCCGAGACAGUGAAUAAAUAG